CAACAGGCGCGAACGCGCGGCGCCACUGUCCCGCGCUCCGCGAAUAUAUUCAAAUUAUUUUUUUUAUUAUUUUUUUUCGAAUUGUGCAAUGAAUUUUCAAAGUAAAGCCAAUAAAUAUGUGUGUCCGAACGAUCGGCAACUGUCUUUGAGAGCCAAAUUACGCACAGGAUGGAGUGCAGCCCGCAGCGAGCCGCCCCUCACAGCGAGCGAGAGAGAGGCAAUAGCUGCUGUCGUAAAAAGAGCGGAGAAAAUUGAUGAAGUGGAAGCGAAGAGGGUCGGCAGACUGGUGGCGAGACUUGAAAGUAUGCGCCGCUCAGCCCAAGGCCCCGCCCCCCGUACCUGCCUUCUCUGCGGCGAGACAGCUCGACUCCUCGCGCCACUGAGGACCUGCUCCAUCUGCAGACACACGGCAUGCUCAAAGUGUGUCAUUGAAAAUCUUCCACAUAGAUCUCCAAUAUACUCCAGAGAAGCCUACAUGUGCAACUUAUGCGCGGAGACCAGGGAGAUGUGGAAGAAGUCAGGCGCCUGGUUCUUCAAGUCAGUCCCCAAAUACAUACUGCCUGAUAGAAGGACUACAGGACGGUAUCUGGACUCAGAGCUCGCGAGGUCUUUACAGGAAGCAGGGAACAGCAGCAAUGAAGGUAAAACAGACUCGGAGCCAGGGUCUCCGAUGAGCGUCCACGCGCCCUCCUUCUCCAGACAAGCGAGCAACACUGACAGCAGAAAGUCCAUCACAUCUCCACAUGACACCCACUACGAAUGGAGCGAAACAGACAUCCUAUCUCAUGGCUUUAGUGGACUCAGUCUCCAUAGACAGGACAGCCUCACACAACGACCUCUAGCCUCCCUGAAAAGGACAGGCAGUAAAGGCAGUGCAUAUAGCCUUCGAAGUAUGAGAAAAGAGAUGCCAAAACCCGCCACCCAAAUCGAAAGACCCCCCACGAUACCAGACGCUGGAUUUGGCACGUUAGAGAUAAAAUUGGCAUAUGAGAAUGCGACCUCGUCUUUGGCUGUCACUGUGUUAAGAGCUAGGGGGCUGAUUGGCAUGGAUAUGACUGGAUUGUCUGAUCCAUUUUGCAGAUUGGAAGUUCUGCCUAGAGAGGGAUCGUACUCCAACAGACUGCGAACUAAAACUGUCCACAAAACGAAGAACCCGGAGUUCAAUGAGACGCUGCACUUCUUCGGCAUCACCGAGUCGGACCUCGCUGUCAAAUCGCUGGAGAUCGUGUUGUUUGAUGACGACAGAUACGGGUGCGAUGAAAUGGGAUCUGCGACAGUAGCGCUGCGGGAAUGUGCAAAGUCUCCAGCUCAGUUACGCCUGGCCCUGACAGGUUCAUCAGGUGCAGAGCCUACUGGGCCCAGGAUAUUGCUGGCCCUGUGCUAUAGCACAAAAAGAAGGGCCCUGGUGGUGACCAUAUGUCGAGGAGCCGACCUCCCGCCGCAAGACAGCAAUGGUUACUCGGAUCCAUUUGUUAAAUUGCAUUUGGAUCCUGACCCUUAUCACAAAAAGCACAAAACAUCGAUUAAAUGGCGAAACUUAAAUCCAGUUUGGAAUGAAGAAUUCCUUUUCGAAACUCGUCCCACAGAACUUUCCCGCCAAAAUUUGACAUUGACAGUUUGGGACAAGGACUAUGGUAAGCCCAACGACUUUUUGGGCAGUCUUGUUUUAGGAGCAAGUUCUAAAGGAAGAAGGUUGAAACACUGGAUGGACUGCAUAAAGUUUCCUGAUCAUCGUCAUGAAUCCUGGCACUCGUUAACAGAUACCCAACAUCUAUAGACUAUUUAUUAAAUAUUAUUUAUAUGUAAA